CUUCCACGAACGAGCCGAAACGUCAAACGACGUGGUGUGCUAGCCUCCUUGAACUUGAUGCAAUUUUUCGUCCUCCUGCGCUCACCAUUGGAAAUGCGAGAGCAUUGCGGCCGACUGUAAUCAAAAAGUGCGUUUUUAUAAGUUGUGUUUCCCUACAAAGUGUUGUGUUUUGCAGACGGUACUCUGAACAGAGACGAUGGUGACCGAGACGAUCAAGGAAGAGCCGGUUGGUGCCGGUGCGGAAGCAACAUCGAAGAAGGCCGCGAAAAAGGCAGCCAAAGAUGCGGAGAAGGCGGCAAAGAAAGCGGAACAUAAGGCAGCGGCAGCGGCUGCCGCAGGUACGGGGGGAGCGGGCGCUGACGACACCGGUGCCGACGGUGUCGACCAAUCGGCAGGCCGGUACGGUACGAUGCCGAUGAUACAGAGUGCCGAAAAGUGUGCCGAGCGAGUGUUUGUCAACGUGUUCGAUCUGUCCCACUGCCAGAAGGAUGCGCUGGUGUGGGUACGGGGCCGGGUGCACACGUCCCGCUGCAAGGGCAAACAGUGCUUCCUGGUGCUGCGCCAGCAGAGCAGCACCGUGCAGUGCCUGCUGGCCGUGAACGAGCAGGUGUCGAAGCAGAUGGUCAAGUUUUCCGGCAGCAUACCGCGCGAAAGCAUCAUCGAUCUGAAGGCGAAGGUGGUGCCGGUGGAGCAGCGGAUCGAAUCGUGCACCGAGCAGACGCUCGAGCUGCACGUGCUGGAGCUGUUCCUGCUGUCGGCGGCCAAGGCGCAGCUGCCGCUACAGAUCGAGGACGCGUCGCGGCCGGAAAAGUCGGACGAUCCGGAAGCACUCAAGAUUCGCGUCAACCAGGACACGCGGCUGGACAAUCGCGUGCUGGAUCUGCGCACACCGGCCAACCAGGCCAUCUUCCGGCUGGAGGCGGGCGUCUGCAAGCUGUUCCGCGACGUGCUGACGGCGAAGGGCUUCACCGAAAUACACACGCCGAAGAUCAUUUCGGCGGCCAGCGAGGGUGGCGCGAACGUGUUUACGGUUAGCUAUUUUAAAGAUUCCGCCUACUUGGCCCAGUCGCCACAGCUAUACAAACAGAUGGCGAUCGCUGCCGACUUCGACAAGGUGUUUACGGUGGGGGCCGUGUUCCGGGCGGAAGAUUCCAACACUCACCGGCACUUGACCGAGUUUGUCGGGCUGGAUCUGGAGAUGGCGUUCAAGUACCACUACCACGAAGUGCUCGACACGAUCGGAAACACGUUCACGGAAAUGUUUAAAGGAUUACGCGACCACUACGCGAAAGAGAUUGCGGCCGUCGGGCAGCAGUACAAUGUGGAACCGUUCAAGUUCCUGGAGCCGCCGCUGAAGCUCGAGUUCGCGCAGGCCGUCGCGAUGCUGCGCGAGGCGGGCGUGCAGAUGGACGACGAGGAGGACCUGUCCACGCCGAGCGAGAAGCUGCUCGGCCGGCUGGUGAAGGCCAAGUACGACACCGACUUCUACAUCCUGGACAAGUUCCCGCUGGCGGUGCGCCCGUUCUACACGAUGCCGGAUCCGGCGAACGCGAAGUACUCCAACUCGUACGACAUGUUCAUGCGCGGGGAGGAAAUACUGUCCGGCGCGCAGCGAAUACACGAUCCCGAGUAUCUGAUCGAGCGGGCCAAGCUGCACGGUAUCGAUCUGUCGAAGAUUGCCGCGUACAUCGACGCAUUCCGGUACGGGUGUCCGCCGCACGCCGGCGGCGGCAUCGGCAUGGAGCGGGUCGUGAUGCUCUACCUCGGGCUGGACAACAUCCGCAAAACGUCCAUGUUCCCGCGCGACCCGAAACGAUUAACACCCUAGGGUGGUGGGGGUUCGUCGUCGUCGUCGUCGACAAAAGCGCACACAUUCGGCAGUGCAAAGAGAAUUGGAAAACCCCCGUUUGCUGUUACUUAAAAGACAGACACAAAAAACGC